AUGUCGGGCCCUGAGGGAGGUGAAGGCUUUGUGGUCAAGUUCCAUGGCCUGCCCUGGUCCUGCUCUGUUGAGGAUGUGCAGAAUUUCCUCUCCGACUGCACGAUCCAUGACGGGGUCGCAGGUGUUCAUUUUAUCUACACUAGAGAGGGCAGGCAGAGCGGUGAGGCUUUUGUUGAACUUGAAUCAGAAGAUGAUGUAAAAUUGGCCCUUAAAAAAGACAAGGAAAGCAUGGGACAUUGGUACAUUGAAGUGUUCAAGUCCCACAGAACCGAGAUGGAUUGGGUGUUGAAGCACAGUGGUCCAAACAGUGCUGACACUGCCAGUGAUGGUUUCGUGCAACUUCGAGGACUCCCGUUUGGAUGCACCAAGGAAGAGAUCAUUCAGUUCUUCUCAGGGUUGGAAAUCAUGCCAAGUGGGAUCACAUUGCCCGUGGACCCCGAGGGCAAGAUUACAGGGGAAGCCUUUGUGCAGUUUGCCUCACAGGAGUUAGCAGAGAUGGCUCUAGGGAAACACAAGGAGAGAAUAGGGCACAGGUAUACUGAGGUGUUCAAGAGCAGUCAGGAAGAAGCUAGGUCAUACUCGGAUCCCCACUCAAGUUCAUGUCAGUGCAGCGGCCAGGGCGCUACGGCCGCCCUGGCACAGCCAGGAGCCACAGAGCACGACCUUUACAACUUCUUCUCCCCGCUCAACCCUGUGAGAGGCCACAUUGAGACUGGCCCUGAUGGAAGAGUGACCGGCGAAGCUGAUGUUGAUUUUGCCACUCACGAAGAAGCCAUGGCAGCCAUGUCCAAAGACAGGGCCAACAUGCAACAUAGAUACAUAGAACUUUUCUUGAAUUCCACAACUGGGGCCAGCAAUGGGGCAUAUAGCAGCCAGAUGAUGCAAGGCAUGGGAGUGUCAACCCAGUCCAUUUACAGUGGCCUUAAGAGCCAGUCUGUGAGUGGCUGUUGUGGGUCUGGCUAUGGUGGCCAGAACAGCAUGGGUGGAUAUGACUAG